GAGAAUGUCGAGUGAUGAACUUGUAGAGACCGCUGGCAUCCUUUUUAUUAAUGCAACUUUGCAGAAGAGAGGAGCAACUUCAGAAGACUGUAAUAGAAGACGUUCAAUUGACCUUCCUUAUCAAGUAUCUGAGUCAAUACGAAAAAGUUUGGAGAAGAGGUUGUCGUCACCGUUUUGUGUUUUUCUCUUGUAUGGUUCGGGAGGCGGUGGACACAAAGCUAGUGUAGAUGCAGUUAGUUAUCUUUGCGAGGUCAAAUAUCCUCAUUGGAAGGUAGUGGCACUCAAUGUCUCGGAACUUGCAGGUUGCGAGUUUGGUGACCGGGUCUAUAACUUUAUUCUACAACAAGACUUGGCUGGAGUUGUUGGUGUUUUAUACAGUGUUGCACAGACAUUUGGGCCCCUACUAUCUGAUAAGUUUACUGGUCGUCUGAAGCGAGAGUGGAAAAAUUAUCCAAAGCCGAAUGUAAUCCUUUCAUUUGUUCCAUUUUUGAACGUUUCUAUUAUAGAAAGUGCUCCGUAUUCCAAGCAUAUUACUGUCAUGACAGAUUUUACUCAUACGGAAGCUCAUCCUUGGUUGCAAGACCAAAGACAAACUGUUUUUUGUGGCACAAGUGAAGCAUAUGAACAAGCAGUGACGAAGGGUUUUGCAAAGUCGAAUCUUAAGUUAUUAUCUGGUAUGGUGGUACAUCCUCGUUUCUAUCCUGAGUUUGUAUCUGACGAUAAGAUGUCUCUGUUGGAUUAUUUAAGUGUGUUUGGUCUUGAUAUGUCUUUUCCAACAUUUAUGAUCAUCUUUGGUGCCUUUCCGCCUUACGAAUCAACCAUGCGUCUUAUUUCUCUCUUAAGCCUUCGAGGAACAACUGAAAGAAGUAUUAGAAACGAUAUUAUUGAAUUGAAUAGAGCUGGUUUUGAUCAACCAUUUUUGGAAGCGAUGUUGAAAACGAUGGAAAGAGUGAACGUGCUUUGUGUUUGUGGCAAGAACAAGCGUUUAUUGGAGUCAAUACGAAAGAAAUUUCUGAAAGAUGAGGGAUUUCUUGUUCAUGCCAUAGGGUUUACACAUGAGAUUCCAUUAUUGAUGCGAAUGUCGGAGUUGAUCAUUAGUAAACCUGGACCAGGAGUUGUUGCAGAAGCUUUGGUUUCCAGAAAACCUCUUUUGUUGGUAGCAGAAGAGAGAAAUCUUAUGGAACAAGAACGAGCAGUGGCGGCAUGGGUUCGUCGUCAUGGAGUCGGCAAAGUAGUCGGUAGUCUCGAGUCGGCAUCGACAGUAUCUUAUGAAGAAAUUAUGCACUUGAAAGAGAACGUUGAACGUCUUCCAGAAAAUCGGGCAGUUUUUGAAGUUGUGGAAGAAUUGGAGAAGAUUUCAAAGGACAUCUCUUGACUCUGCAAUUUUCAAUUUUGGGGAAUUUUUGAAGAUGUUGUUGAGCUUUAUUCAGUCG